AGCCUAUUUUUUUCUGCACUGUGGCAACGUCUUUCAAGAAACUAAGAAGUGUCACACAAGUUUUUUGUGCAAGAAAAAAUACUACAUAAUUAAAUUAAAUAAUAAGAAAACUGAGCACUGCGUCGCAACAAUUGUACCACUGUGAUAGCAACACUUGUCUGGAGCAAAUCACAUAGCCCAAUAAAAUCACUGUCGAAUCAAAGGCGUAGCUCCUAGACACGCAAAUUCUUGAGAAGGCAACAACCAUUUUACAAGUUGAAAUAAUUUUAAUUGCUGUACAUAAUGCCACCAAAAGAACGCAGUAUAGCCAUGAUGGGCUACCGUUCAGUCGGUAAAUCAUCGCUCAGUAUACAGUUUGUUGAAGGCCAAUUCGUUGACUCUUAUGAUCCAACAAUUGAAAAUACAUUCACCAAGGUUACGCGAGUCAACUCGCAGGACUAUGGAGUUAAAUUGGUCGAUACAGCUGGACAGGAUGAGUAUAGUAUAUUUCCAGUACAGUACAGCAUGGACUUUCAUGGAUACGUAUUGGUCUAUUCCAUAACCAGUCAAAAGUCAUUUGAAGUUAUCAAAAUUAUCUACGAAAAAUUGUUGGAUGUGAUGGGAAAGAAAUAUGUACCUGUAGUUUUAGUUGGAAAUAAGACGGAUUUGCAUCAAGAGCGCACAGUUUCCACAGAGGAGGGCAAAAAAUUAGCAGAAUCCUGGCGUGCAGCAUUUCUUGAAACAUCCGCCAAACAAAAUGAAUCUGUGGGCGAUAUAUUUCAUCAAUUACUCAUGCUUAUUGAAAACGAGAAUGGUAAUCCCCCCGAGAAAAGCAGUUGUAUUGUAUCAUAAGUGUAUCAAAACUGUAUGAUGUUCUGGCUAAAAAAAAUGGCAAUACGAAAUCGGUUCAUUAUCUAUUCUUAUGUAAACUGUUUGGUCUGAAAUACAUGAAAAUCUACAAACUUGUAGUUAUUAAGUUAAAAUGGCAAACAAACAAAAAACACCAACUAACAAAUAUUGCUUAGCAUAGUUUGUGGUAACACUUUAGCAACAAAGCAGGUUUAAGUUAGUACACUUUUUCACAAUAAUAAUGCAGUUACAAAAUGAAUAAGCAAAAUUAUGCAACUUAUAUUGUCUUUAGUUUCAAUUUAAAUAUAAUUUGUACAAUUAAUCCCAAA